AGCCAUCUUUUUCAUGACCUCUUCUCGCCUCAAUUGAGACUAAAUUGUAUUUCUGGACUUAAUUGUUCAGAUUUCGACAAGCAAUGGCAUUCUCAAGAGCUGCAGCUCUGCGCUUCUGCUUGCGAAGUGCAAGACCUUCAAUUGCUCAACCUCAAUUGGUCCGCCAGGUUGCUCGUCGAGGCUAUGCUAGUGGUGGACAUGGACAUGCCAAGUCAGGAGGGGAUGCGCUCUGGGCCGCCGGCGCUGUGGGUGUAACCGUCCCGACAUGUUGGUACCUCCUGUCGAAUGCUCCUGACACUUCCCAUGGUCACGGCGAUCAUGGAGACUCCCAUGGAGCGGCUCAUGGCGAAAAGCAUGAGGAGGAGCCCAAGGGGGAGGAAGGCGAGAAGUCCGAAGACGCCGAAGGAAAGGAAGAGGAAAGCGAGAAGUCUGCAGAUUCCGAUAGCGAGGAUGAGAAGAAAGACACCGACACUCCAGAUACUUCGGAUGACGAAGGAGGCGACGAUGACAAGAACACCAAGACUACCAUUCCCGAUGCAAAGGGAGGAAUUAAGAAGAGAAGCGAGAGCAAAAAUGCCAUAAAGGCGGGAGAGAACGGUGAUGAGGCUGCUACUUCGAAGCCUGCUGGAGGCAAGAACACGCAGAGUGGCAAGCAGGAGGGUCUCUCGAACACUGAUACGAAACACUCUACUGAUAUCACCAAUGACCCAACCACAAGCAAGAAGGGUGAAGGAACUCCCGAGACUGGGAAAGCAAAAGGAACAGUCAACCCCAAGCGACCACAGCCUGAGGAUAAGAAGAAGUGAUUCCAGUGGUGUUUACUAUCACUCAAUUGAGAUGCAAAACGUUGGUCCUGAAGACUUCGUGCUCAAGAGCCAUUUCAUUACUGUAAAAUAAUGUGCAAAUGCAUAAAAUCAAUU